UGAGUGUGUUCAAAUGAAAUCCAAACAGUGAUAGUUGUUGCAGGGAAGUAGUUAGGAAACUGGUCAAGCGGCAAAGUAAAGAACAACAACAUUGGAGAGGCACGUGGGGAUCAAGUAAGUGAGACAAAGGAGGUGAAAAAAGAAGGCAAAUAGAGACAAAACCAGUGAAAGAGGGAGAGAGAGAGAGAGAGAGAGAGGGGAGGGAAGUUAGGAUACUGACAAAGUGCAGCAGUAGAUAGUAAAGAGAGAAAGAGGGUGAGAAAGAGACUGAGCAGGACAAGCAUCCACGGGAGAGAACGAGACAGACUGCGAAAAAAAAAGUUCACUCUGACAAGAUGAUGAGGAGGAGGAGAAGCAUGACAUUCAGUGGAUUUGGAUGGGUUGAAAAAUCCACACUGGCUUCACUGAAAACUCGGAAACAGGAGCAGCUGAAUAUUUCCAGCGUCCCACUGGGAGAAUGUCCACCAUCGCCGCCCCGCACUGCACCGCCCACCAUGAAGUCUGCAGACUUCUUCGAUAUGCUGGAGAGGAUGCAGGUGCCUAAACCUGAAGAGACCAAAAAAUGGAAGGAUGAUUAUAUCCCCUACCCACGGAUAGAAGAUGUCCUGGAGAAGGGUGGUCCAUAUCCGCAGGUUAUCCUGCCUCAGUUUGGAGGUUAUUGGAUUGAGGAUGUGGAGGCACCAGCUGGGACCCCCUCCUCCUCAGAGUCCAGUUUCUGUGAGGAAGAGGACAGAGAAGAUGGGAUGAGCCCUGGUGGGGGGCACAGUUAUCGCCUGGAGUGCAACAGCACGGCGCGUGCCUACCGCAAACACUUUCUCGGCAAGGAGCACAUGAACUACUACUGCACUGGCAGCAGCAUCGGCAACCUCAUCUUGUCUCUAAAGCACGAGGAGGCCGAAGCACAAGAGUUCUUACGCAUCAUGCUCAGGUCGAGGGCCAAAACAGUCCAUGACAGGAUUUCUUUAGCCGGCAUCAACCAGCUGCCCAGUGUGCCUCAGAUUGCCAAGCUUCUGUGUGACGAUGCCACAGGGCUAAAAUUCAAUCCAGUCCUGUACCCUCGGGGAUCCCAGUUGAUAGUGGCUUACGACGAACACGAGGUGAACAACACCUUCAAAUUUGGAGUCAUCUACCAAAAGUGUGGGCAGACGUCAGAGGAAGAGCUGUUUGGAAACAAUGAGGAGACGCCAGCUUUCAAGGAGUUUCUCAGCAUCCUGGGUGAAAACAUUGACCUUCAGGACUUUAAAGGGUUUCGCGGUGGCUUGGACGUAUCCCACGGACAGACGGGGUCUGAAUCUGUCUACACUGUCUUCAGACAGAGAGAGAUUAUGUUCCACGUUUCUACCAAGCUACCCUACACCGAGGGAGACGUCCAGCAGCUCCAGAGGAAAAGGCACAUAGGAAAUGACAUUGUGGCCGCGGUCUUCCAGGAAGGGCCCACGCCGUUUGUCCCAGACAUGAUUGCCUCCAACUUCUUGCAUGCUUAUGUGCUGGUGCAGGCUGAGAACCCAUGUACAGAAAACACAUCGUACAAGGUGUCUGUAACUGCGAGGGAGGACGUACCUCCUUUUGGACCGCUUCUCCCAAACCCGGCAGUCUUCAAGAAGGGUCCUGAGUUCCGAGACUUCCUGCUGACAAAGUUGAUCAAUGCUGAAAAUGCCUGCUACAAAUCUGACAAAUUCGCCAAACUGGAGGGGCGAACGCGAGCGGCGCUGCUUGACAACCUCCAUGAUGAGCUGCAUAGGCAGAGUCAGGCCACACUGGGCCUGGGCCAGGCAGGAGACGAGGACAAGCUGGAGAAUGGCGGACACGGGGGACUCCUAGAGUCUUUCAAGAGAGCCAUGCGUGUCAGGAGCCACUCCAUGGAGACCAUGGUUGGGUCACAGCGUCACAGAAGCCCCGGGGUAGGAGGUGGAGUACCGGCCAGCCUAAGUGGCGGAGGACUGCCGCAGAGCACCAGUGAAUGCACAAAGAGCACUUUUAAUCCUCCCGUGUUGCCAGGCAAGUCUCCUCUGAAGAGUCCAGUGAAGCGGCGGUCAGGCCUCUUCCCUCGUCUGCACUCCAGCACAGAAAUACCCACAGACAAACACACACGCAGUGACCAAAAGCCUGCAGAGACCUGCCCAUUGUCCCAAGAAGUGAGAUCAGAGACAUCUAAUCCCAGCUCGCCUGAGAUCUGCCCCAACAAAGAGAGGCCGUUUAUGAAGAUGAAGGAGUGCAGUGGCGGUCGGCCAAACAUAUCUCGUUCUUCGUCCAGCACCAGCAGCUUCAGCAGCACCACAGGUGAAACAGAGGCUCUGGAAGAACUGGACCCAGUUAGUCAGCCCUCUAUAGCUUCCUCCUCUGCCUUUAGCCCUUCGCUUAGUGUGGACAGCCAGGGAUCAGGUACUCCUGUCAUUAUGUGCCGCAGUCCGACAGAUGGGAAAAAUAAGACGUCACCAAGGUCAAACUUGAAGUUCCGCUUUGACAAAAUAAGCCACUCAUCUACAGCUUCCGAGUAGCUUUGCGGAACAAACUUGCACAACAAAGGGACAACACCGGCUGAUGGAGCUGCAGAAAUAAUAAUAGUUUCAAAAAUGUAUGAAAUCAUGGCAACAACCACAUAAUCACUGUAGAACCUCUUCCCUAAAGCCAAGGAUAAUCUGACAUUAUCACAAACUGCAACAAUACUGUGAGUGUAUAGGGAGGAGGAGCAGCUGAUUUUCUUUGAACCAAAUUUCAGUGGCAGAAAAUGAUUCAACGUUACAAGAUGCUGCAUCUCAGUUGUUAAUUAUUCACAUCAUAUUUAUGUUACGGCAUGGCUGUAAUACUGUGAUGGCACAAGCUCAGCUAGUCCGUGCCUCAGCUUCUUCUCAAGCGUCUUGUUUAACAGAGAGAGACGAGCGGUAACACAGGACUGAUUCAUCGACGGGAAAACAAAAUGUUUGUUCCUUUUGCCUUUGACCUCGAGUGGUACGUCUCGCAACAGUUCCUCUUUUGCCUAAAUAAAGAACGCAGACACAGUCAUUUACAGGAACUUCACAUACUGUAGAUUAACAGUAGGGAAACCUUGAAGGUGUCACAACACUGGGAGUCUUAAUUCUCCACUGUAGGGUCUGAACUCGUGCUUUGCAUCAAAAAAAAAAUUGCUUUUUUUUGGGAACAAAAAGCUUUCGUAACCUUGUCAGCUGCUGCAUUGUGUCUACUGCGCUGUUAGGGUUAGACUGAACUUCAGUCGAUACUGUCACAGAAUUUAGCUUACUUCUAGAUCCUGGACUCAAGUGCUUAGUUAGUGGAAAUUAGCUCACAUCAGGCACAAUAGUUGGCUCUGCCAAAACAUUUUGCCAUUCGCAUUUUUUUAGCCAAAGCUGCGCCUUACAAUCUGUCAAAAGUCCUUUCAACCACUGAUGCUAUCUCUCUCUCUCUUUCUGUCACUGUGUGAGAGGAUGAGAAUAUUCUGGAUCUGGUUACAGUUGUGCGUAGCCGAUCAACUCCCUCAUUUGCUGAAAAUACUUGUUGCACUUAACUGAAAACAUUUCACCCUCUGAUACCUCCCACUGAAGCUUUCUCUGUGUAUCUAGGUCUAUGUUUGGUGAAACUUAUCAACAGGAACGUCUCCGUGGUUUUUAGGUUUGCCGGCAUGUGUGCUGAUGAAGAUGACUUGAAAAAAAAAACAAAAAAACAAUGCUUCAGGUUAAAGUGGACAUUCAAACCACUUUGGACAAAAAAAAACUUGGAAUGUGAACUUUGAGCUUCUUUUUUUGUACUUUUUGUUCUUGAUUAGUUGUUACAAAUUCUCUUAGACGUGUAUUGAAAAGCGUACAAGCACAACAGGACAAUAGGUACAUAUACUCUCCUCCUCAACGAUGUAGUGACUUUUGAGUCAGUUACGGUGGCCUGGAAGUGCAAACCAGUAUUACAAAACGUGAAACAAAUUUACAAAUACACAAACGAAUUAACAAAGCUCGAAACAAAUUUAAAAAAAUGUGAAACACUUUUACAAAUACCAAAACAAAUUAACAAAAGCCACAGUUCCUAUGGAAAAGGAAGUCCCAAAUACUGAAUGUGACCCGGAAACGAUACUUUGAGCACUCAGUUAGUGACUUAUGUGUGUCAUAAGAAUGGAUACUUGUGACCGAGUGAUGUCACGGUGUCAUGGGGGGAUAGAGCACCGCCCCUUUGGCUCUGUUCAUUCCUAUGGAGUUGCCCAAACGGUGCAUAUGUCAAAAAAGUUGUGCAGACUCAUGAUCAUAUUAUUGAGAUCGCCAGACCACGUGACCAACACGCAAUGCAUGCUGGGGGGUAAAGGCAAAAUGCUAAAUAAUACAUCCAUGACAAAACCUCACUUGGUCACAAGUAUCCUAACAUUUCCAGGUCACGCGCAGCGAUUGGGACAUUCCCUUUCCGUAAGAACUGUGGCUUUUGUAAAAGUGUUUCGCAGUUUGUAAAUUUGUUUCGAGUUUUGUAAUACUGGUUUGCUCUUCCAGGCCACCGUAGUCAGUGGAGCAAAGUGGUAGUUUGUAAAUCAAAAGAAAAGGUUGUUAAAGACACACAUGUUUUCUUUGUGACAACACCUGUUGGUCUUUGGAAGAAUGUCCAUGUCCUUCUUGUCUCCUUCAUGUGCAUUCAUGACUUUCUAGUUUGUGAAGUUAAACACACAAGGUUUAAAGGCUCAGGUCCCGAAAUUACAAAAAAAACAACAACUUUGUAAUUAAGGUGAACUUUAACUUGGCAGGAAGCUUCUCUCAAUACAGUGGUACCUUUCUUUAUAGCUAGACCGGAAGAUGACUAAUAAAUUAACAAACACUGUUCACAGUUAGUGCAGACAAGUGAUUACCUCGAGUAAAGAAAGCAGGAAUAGAAAUACUCCACUCAUCUAGUUUGUGGCAGGUAUCGCCUAAACGCCCUGCAGCCUUUUCUCUGUAAAUACGCUUAAUUUAUUAAAAACAACUUUUUUUGCAUUGAUGUCAAAAAAUGUAAAAAUGUAAGUGCAGAGUACUCAAAUUAAUAAAGACAAGAUGACGAAAGAAAAUCUAUUAAUUUAAAAGAUGUCUAAACAUGUAUAUGUAUAUUUGGUUAUGUAAUGUGCCAUUGAGAAUUUAUUCUAAAAUAAAAUGUUGUAUUUUGUGUCA